UUCCGUCAAACUGACAAAUUUGACAGAGGCAAAAGUACAGUUUUCAAUUUUUCAUGCAGUUUUCAACAAGUUUCAUAAAUUCUUAAAACAUUUGUUGUAAUUGAUUGACUAUUAUAAUGAGCCUAUGAGAUUUUCACUUUGAAAAUAUGUCUCAUACUCUUAAAUUAUUUUAUAGACAAACACAUUGCUUCCUAAAUAUAACCACACCGGUGAGAUGUAGUGCAAACCAAUAUCCAAUCCGGAUUUUAGCUAGUGGUAUCAGCUAUCAAAGUAACCCAGCUUGGAAUACAUUGAACAGCAGGAAGGGUAAUAGUAUAUCAUCGUAUCAAUUCCGAAAUUACGUUAAACCUGUAGGGAGCAAUGGCUGUGACACACCCGAGAAACCCACACCCCCAGAAAAACAAGGGCUUUUCCAAAAGUUUAAGGAUAUGUACAAAAACUACUGGUAUGUCUUAGUACCCGUGCACAUGGCUACUUCUGCGGUUUGGCUGGGUUCUUUCUAUUAUACUGUGAGAAGUGGUGUAGAUAUAAUACCUAUGCUAGAAGCAAUGGGGAUCAGUGAAAAACUGUUAGCGCCAUUGAAAAACUCGUCUGCAGGCUAUUAUGCACUUACUUUUGCUCUGUAUAAAAUAGCCACACCCCUUCGAUAUGCUGUCACUGUUGGUGGCACAACUCUUGCCAUUCGAAAGUUAACAGCACUGGGCUGGAUAAAACCAGUGCCAUCAAGACAGCAAUUCAAGGUGAUGCUGCAAGAAAGAAAGGAAGACUUGCAGGACCGGUUCAAUGAGAGUAAGGCCGCCUACCGUCUGAAGGGAACAAAGGUUAUGGAUGAAAUGCGACGAUAUAAGACCGAAAUACGAAACAUGAAGAGUAAAGUCAAGAAAAUGUGAGACUAACAAAAUAUAAAAUUAGUUUAGUGAGUUAGUGCUUGGCCAAGCCUUAAAGGUUCAAGCAGUUAAACCUAAUACUCUUUACAUAUUGUUAGGUGACAACCAAAACUCACUAAUUACUACCACAUGGUCACAGUCAUAGUGAAAAAAAGUAGGUAGGUACAUAGUACCCAAACAAGGUUGUUUUUUGUAACUAGUGUCAUUACACAGUUUUGGAUGUCACCUGACAAUAUAGUAGAUUUUGACAUUUAAGACUCAGCUGAGACCUAACUUGCUAGGUAAAAGGCAAUGACUAAAUCUUCAUCAUAAGCAAGUAGUUGUUGUAUGAGAAAGUGUUUACACUUCUGUGAUGCACAAUGUAAAUUACAAGUAAUGUUCUUGAAUUUCUAUUUUACAAUUAUAUUUUGAUUGAGUGUCUACUCUGAAGAUUAGUUUAGCAGGAGUUGACACUAAAAAUUCGUGAUAUUAUUUGUGGGUAAUUGUCCAUUAUAAGGCAAUAGGAAUUUCAUAGAAAUUCUAAGGAAAAUAACUAAAAGGAAAAUAUUUUUAUGAAUUUCACUGUUACUAUAUUAUAUAUGGGCCAAAGCAGAGUGGCGAGUGUAAAAGGUUACUUAUAAAAUAGGAUCCUUUUAAAUAAUUAAACAAUUUAUUAAAUUUUGAAUGAUUUAUUGUUUAAAUAUUAUUAUUUAAAUAUUAAAAAGUUAUGCCUUAACAAA